CAUCAGCACACAGAGUCGGGAGGAUGAUUUAGGAUGUUCUGCGACGCGCUCGGAUGUUGUGCGCAAAGGGAAAUGCGGUAAAGAUGCGGUAGGAUGUUGCGCGCACACCGCAGAACGCCAAACCUUUAAUGAUGGCACAACGGAACGACGACAUGUCGGUCCAGGACUCGUAACUGUGCCCAACAUGUAGCUGGAUGGACAGGAGACAGGAGAGAGGGCGGCGGGAGCUUCUAUUAUCCAACACGAUGCGUUUUCAGCCUGGCAUGUGAACAUGGGCUCUCAUGUGGUACAGACGCUCAGGCAGGGGGUGUGGGCAUCCCUGACCGGUGGAUGGUACCACGACCCCGAGCAGAACAAAUUCAACAACUCGUGCCACCUUUACCUAUGGCUCUUCUUACUCAUGUUACCUCUGGCUCUACAUCUGGCUCUUCCACCCACCACGUUGGCCCUCUGUAUCUACUGCGCCUCGGUCACCGUCCUCUUCAUCCUCAUCAAGAUGGUGAAUUACCGUCUCCAUCUGAUGUUCGAUGAAGGUGAAAUCGUACCGCGGAACAGCGUCUCUGACAUCAGCAAGGGUGCAGACCGGAAAAGUAAUGACUCGGACGCCUGUCUUCCAUCCAACCUGAGAAAAAGCAGCACGGUGCCGGACAGCGUCGCGAUGACAGUACUGACCAAAAACAGAGCGAGUCCUGUCAUUCAGGUCACGGUGAAACAGACCGAAACAGAUCCGGGACUGAUUGGGGCGUGCGCAACAGAGGACCUGAAGAACCCAGAGGGUCAAGAGGACACGCCCUCCCAAAAAAAGUCCAAAGCGAGCACAGAACCUGUGGAGAAGCUGACCCCCGAAGAUGCAUUUAGUCCAAAUACGGAUCAAUCAGCACCGUUACUACAGGCAGAAGAGAGACAGGCGACCUGUACGAACACGGCUGAUGAAGUUCUGACCCCUGGUACUUGCAGCGUUGAGGAGGAACCAGAGAAAGAAUCUCCGGACAGUCCAUCUCCAGAGGACAAACAUCCAGAGGACGAGGAGAAGCCUGAGGAGACCUACUGCUCGGAUGAGAUCUCAGUGGUGCUGAUCGACAACUCGAAUUCCUCGGGCCGCCUGGAUGAGAGCGAUACGGUGAAGAUCGUCAUAACUUUGAGCUGUGACCCUCAGACGGCGGCCGAGCUCGAGGAAUCGGUCAAGCUCAGCCUUCUGGAGUCGGCUCAGUCUCGACUAGCCCAGCAGGACCAGGCGGGAGCGGACUGUCCCGUCAAGAUACCCGUCAUCACCUUCGAUACAGCUCGAGAGGCGGAGGAAACCUGCGUGGAAGAUGAUGAGAGGAUCACUUCCAUCACUUCUGGUGAGCCAUCUGCCCAAAAACAGCCCACGGCUCGUGAAGGUCUCGUUCCCAAGGAGCAAAAUGACGCCGAUCCUGGUCACGACGACCCGGAAGCAUGGUCAAACGAGCGUCCGCUGGAGAACAGUGAAGCCGGCGAGCCGGAAACGGACCCCGAUGGAUUUUUGCAGAUCCCGUCCGGGUUCGGGAGGUCCGGAGGAGGGAGGACUCACACCAGGGGGCUCAGCAUGGACAGCGGGAGGGACGCCGUCCUCAGUGGACGCCGAGCCAAAGCCAGGCUGUGCACCAUGACCACGUCCAAGUCCGACCUGGAGGAUAAAGACGGUCAGCUGCCCGACGAGUCCAACUUUGUGGAGUUUGUUUCCAUGUUGGAGUCCAUCAGCGUUACCAGAGGAGGGAAGCAGACCGAGGAUGAAGAAAAUGAGGAGCAGAGAGCUGAAAUAGACGAGGAAUCUACAGCGGCAGUGAGGUCAGAAAGCACGGACACGGCAGCGAAAAAAUUACCUCCAAACCCUCCAAACAGCCUGGCUACUGACGCCAUGUGGAACCUUCCGGAUAAACUUAUUCCCAUAGUGUCUCCCGACAGCCCCCAGACGGAUAAGGAGAGGGACCCGGACUACGACUCUCUCCCCUCUCAAACCUCCCAAUCGGAGAGCUCGAUGCUGCAGGUCAUCUGUAGACCGGAGGCAACGUCCAGGGAGGAGGCGUAUACCUUCCACACCGUUCACAGAGAAAGACCUCGGAAGCUGUACAACGAGAGAGCGCUGAACUUACCUCUGGGAGCCGAACUCAUCACGGGUAACAUAUGCGAUCUUCUCUCCACGUCUUCGAACUCGGAGUGCCAGGAUGGGUUAGUCGGGGGGCACCCGGACUGUCCAUUCCAGCGCCGCAUCAUUCCAGCUCACCGGCUUCGCCCCCGGAGAACACACCCCGAGAUCUUUCAGGAGGAAGACUCUCUUGAUGACUCCUCAGACACAACUACUCAGGAGAAACCGUCACGGAAGCUCUACUACAAGCUUAAAGUUUUCCCUGGAAAAUUUAUCAACAUCCUGUAUGACCGGCUAACCUUGAUGGCACUUCUAGACAGGAAUCAGGACUGGAAGGAGAACACGGCUGCGGUGUGUUUAGCCUCCCUGGUUGCGUUCCUGGGCUUCGUGCUCCUGAACCAGGGCUGCUUCAGAGACUUUUGGGUGUUUCAGUUCUGCCUCGUCAUGGCUAGCUGUCAGUACUCGCUGCUGAAGAGCGUGCAGCCUGAUGCAGCGUCACCCACUCAUGGACACAAUCGGAUCAUCAUCUACAGCCGAGCUGCGUACUUCUGUAUGUUUUGUGGCCUUAUUUGGAUUUUGGAGCUGGUGCUGAAGAAAUCGGACCUUCCCGUGUUCACUUUAUACGGCGUCACCGUUGUGACGUCAGACUCCCUCCAGUUUAUGCACGACAUUUUAAGAGGGUUCACAUGUUUCUUCCCUGUAAGCUUUUUGCUGGGCCUCCUUCCACAGAUCAACACCUUCGUUAUUUAUUUAUUAGAGCAGAUCGAUAUUCACUUCUUCGGUGGCACAGCGGCGACCGGACUUCACUCGGCCGUUUACUGCAUCGGGAGGAGUGUGUUGGCGUUAACGAUGCUGUAUGGAUUUUGUUUGGGUGCUUUGAAGGAACCUUGGGAUGAGCAGCACAUCCCCGCCCUGUUCUCUGGUUUCUGUGCUCUGUUGGUUGCCUUGUCGUAUCAUCUCAGUCGACAAAGCAGUGACCCCUCUGUAUUGUUCUCUUUGAUCAAGUCCAAACUGGUGCCAGAGCUCGGCAAUGGUGAGGUGGAGGAAGAGUCGACCGAGAAUGAAGAUCCUCUACCGGAAAAGCUGAAGAGCUCCGUGAGGGAGAUUCUGCUCUCAGAUCUGGUCGUGUGCAUCAUAGCAUCAGUUUUGACUUACGCAGUCACUGCCAGCACCGUCUUCCUGUCCUUAAGGCCGUUUGUCACCAUAGUGCUGUAUGCCUUGGCAGCAACCGUGGGCUUCGUUACCCACUAUCUCAUCCCUCAGCUACGUAAGCAUCAUCCCUGGUUGUGGAUCUCACACCCAGUGCUGAAGAGUAAGGAGUACUUCCAGUUUGAGCCUUCAGAGGAUGCUCAGCUGAUGUGGUUCGAGCGCCUCUACGUUGGACUCCUGAGCUUUGAGAAGUACGUGGUGUAUCCUGCCAUCGUGCUCAGUGCUCUCACCAAUGACGGGUUCGCUCUCAGUCACAGGAAGAAGCUCGGUAUACACUCUGAUGUCUUAUUGAUGACAGUUGCUGGGAUGAAGCUCCUGCGCUCGUCCUUCUGUAACCCCAGCUACCAGUUCCUCACGCUGGUCUUCACCAUCGUCUUCUUCCAGUUCGACUACAGCAGAGCUUCUGAGACCUUCCUGCUCAACUUCUUCCUCAUGUCCAUCGUCUUCCACAAGCUCUGGGAUCUGCUGCUCAAGCUGCACUUCGUGUUGGUGUACAUCGCCCCCUGGCAGAUCGCGUGGGGCAGCGCGUUCCAUGCCUUCGCUCAGCCGUUCGCCGUGCCGCAUUCGGCCAUGCUGUUGCUCCAGACGUUGAUCACCACGGUCUUCUACACGCCGCUGAGCCCGUUCCUGGGAAGCGCCAUCUUUAUCACGUCAUAUCCACGUCCCGUCAAGUUCUGGGAGAGAAACUACAACACGAAACACGCUGACAAUUCCAACAUCAGGCUGGUGUCUCAGAUCGACAAGGAGACGGGAUGUGACGAUAACAAUCUGAACUCGAUCUUCUACGAGUACCUGACGCGUUCGCUGCAGCACUCGCUGUGUGGGGACCUGCUGCUGGGCCGCUGGGGAAACUACAGCGCCGGAGACUGCUUCAUCCUGGCCUCGGAUUAUCUCAACGCCCUGGUGCACCUCGUGGAGGUCGGGAACGGCCUGGUCACGUUCCAGCUGAGGGGCCUGGAGUUCAGGGGUACGUACUGCCAGCAGAGGGAGGUAGAGGCCAUCACGGAGGGCGUGGAGGAGGACGAGGGCUGUUGCUGCUGCGAGCCGGGUCACCUGGCCCACGUCCUGUCGUGCAAUGCCGCGUUCAACCUGCGCUGGCUUGCCUGGGAGCUGACCACCACCAAGUAUGUGCUGCAGGGCUACAGCAUCAGCGAGAACAACGCCGCUACCAUGCUGCAGCUCUAUGACCUGCGCAAGCUGCUCAUCACCUACUACCUCAAGAGCAUCGUCUACUAUCUGAUGAUCAACCCAAAGCUGCAGACGUGGUUGAAGGAUCAGUCUAUACACGAAGCCCUGCAGCCCUACAGCAAGUGGCACCACAUAGAACGAGACCCGGUGGUGUUCAGCGUCAAGAUCGACGAGGACUACGUCCACUGCCUGCAGGGCGUCACCCGGGCCAGCUACUGCAACGUCUAUCUGGAGUGGGUCCAGUACUGCGUCAGCAAAAUGGACGAGCCGGUGGAGUGUGGCGAGGACUCUCCACUGGUCACACUGUGUUUUGCUCUGUCGGUGCUGGGCAGGAGGUGUCUGGGCACCGCGUCACAUAACAUGUCCAACAGUUUGGAAUCGUUCCUGUUCGGCUUCAGCACCUUGUUUAAGGGAGAUUUCCGCAUCCCCACCAAGGACGAGUGGGUGUUUGCUGACAUGGAUCUGCUGCAGAAGGUGGUGGCACCUGCCGUCAGAAUGAGUCUCAAGCUUCAUCAGGACCACUUCACGAGCCUGGAGGAGUCCGAGGAGCCGGCCGUCCUCCACGAGGCCAUCAGCACCUACAGGAGCGCCCUGGUGAUCUGCGACGAGGGCGACCCGGCCUGGCGCCGGGCGGUUCUGUCCAGCAGGGACACGCUGCUCACGUUACGCCAUACGCUGGACGAAGGGAGCGACGAGUACAAGAUCAUCAUGCUCUACAAGCGCUUCCUCAGCUUCAAAGUCAUCAAGAUGAAUAAGGAGUGCGUCCGUGGGCUCUGGGCCGGUCAGCAGCAGGAGCUGAUCUUCCUGCGUAACCGGAACCCGGAGCGCGGCAGCAUCCAGAACUCCAAACAGGCGCUGCGCAACAUGAUCAACUCCUCGUGCGACCAGCCGCUGGGCUACCCCAUGUUCGUCUCCGCCCUCACCACCUCCUACGCCGGCACGCACAAGCACAUGGGCAGCGUGUGGGGGGGCGCGCUGAGCCCGAGGGACGUCCGGUCCUGGCUGUGCUCCCGGUGGCUGCGGGUGAGGAAGGACAACCUGACCAGCGGUAACAGCGGCGUGAACAUGGAGGACGUGGACUGCGCCGGAUCGUCCGUCAGCCACACCCACAACUCCAUCACGUCCCAGAGCGCCAGCACUCACCAAGCGCAUCCUCGCGGCUCUCGCACCCGGCACCACAGCGCAGGGCAUCGUGAGUACCGCAGUGAGUCUGUACAGCCUCAGUCCCAGCGGGCCCCUGUCACCAGUCGCUCGGGGCCGAUCCUGGACCAUCAGCAGGGCUCAAACGAUCUCGCUCAGCGCCUGUCUAACAGUCAGCACUCCUUCAACACCUCCUCAGUAGCCUCUGUGUUCUCCCAGGUACCGCGUGUGUCGGCGGCGGGCGCGGUGCUGCCGGCUCAGCCGCGCUGCAGUCAGGCCUCCUCGUCGAGCUCCACCCUCAGCCUGCUGUUCGGCAAGCGUAGCUUCUCCAGCGGCCUCGUCAUGUCGGGCCUGUCCGCCGCCGAGGGAGGGAACAGCACCGAUACCCAGUCGUCCAGCUCCAUCAAUAUCAUCACGCCAGGACCAUCGGCACGCCACGCCAACACUCAGUGGGCAUCAGAAGCGUACGAGAGCAUAGACGCCACGUCCACCGCAGACACCGGGUCGAAGGAGAACACCACAUCAGGAGAGAAGAGCAUGGAGUAAAGCCGGCGGGGGUCCGUCACGGCACACAAAAUCGCUGCCACCUCACAUGACAUGUUUUAAACCAAAACACUGUAAAUGUUUAAUAUUAGUAAAGAAGAACGAAUGAGGACUGAGACUGUGAGUGCUGGACAUUGUUAAGUCUGUGAUAUUGAACACUUGUAGUCACAUGAGCACGCCGGGUCGGCUGGUGAGUAUUUUUGACAUUUAGGGGUCGACCCAGUGUGUUAAUUCUGGACUACACAUCCCAAAUAAACCCUGAUAACAAAACA